GUUGUGAAACAUCUCACUUGACAUGAAGACCAACAGUUGUAUGGACACGGCCUAGGCCUAUGUUGGAAGCUUGACCACUGUACAUGGGAGAAUGGCGAGUGAUACAAAGACAGAGAGUAACAGAAAGCUGCAGCGUCUGGUUGGUCAGAAGUAUGUUCUACUGGAUGGCGGCAGUGCCACAGAAAUGGUCAGGAUUGGCUGCAAGAACAUUGACAAUGACCCUCUGUGGUCCGCCAGACUCCUGAAGACAAACCCGGAGACAGUGAUGCAAGUGCACAAGAACUUCCUGCUGGCCGGCAGUGAGGUUCUGGACACAGCGUCCUAUCAGGCCUCAGUCCAGGGCUUCGUUGACCAUCUGGGAGUUGACCAUGACACAGCCCUCUCACUUAUAGGUCAGAGCGUGGUUCUUGCACGAGAGGCUUGCACAGAAACAGGGUGUGAUGCGGUCGUUGCGGGAUGUGUGGGGCCGUACGGUGCAGUGCUACAUGAUGGUUCUGAGUACACAGGGGCCUAUGCUGAGAAGAUCACCAGAGAGGAACUGAAGACCUGGCACCGUCCCAGUGUAGAGGCGCUACUGAAUCACGGAGCAGACAUGUUGGCUGUGGACACCAUCCCAGUCCAGAAGGAGGCAGAGGCCAUUGUGGAUCUGCUGUCUGACUACCCUGACGCGAGGGCAAUGGUGUGCUUCUCCUGCAAGGAAGCAUGUGUCACAUGUGAUGGAGAGAGGUUUUCGGAUGCUGUGCGAAGCGUGGUUCAGUCGGACCAGGUGCUGGCUGUUGGUCUGAACUGUACAGCACCUGAACAUGUGUGUGACCUACUGGAGAGUGUCCAGCACCUUCAACUACAGAAGGGCGUGGUGGUCAAGCCAAACAGCGGGGAGCAGUGGGUUCGAGAUGAAGGAUGGAUUCCUGGAAGCGGCUGUGUUUCCCUGGGCAACCAGGUGAAGACGUGGGUGGAUCGCGGGGCCACGUGGAUCGGGGGAUGUUGUCGGGUUUACCCGGAUGAUAUAGCAAAGAUGAAAAAAGAAUUGGACAGACUGUGACCUCCUCAAGUCACCCACGAUGACAGAUAACAUAUUGGGGUGGAGGGUACAUAUUGGUAUGCUUCCCGGUUAAAGGUGUUUAUAUACUGCACAUACGAUGGCUAUAAUCUCAAAGACAGACAAACAUCGUCAGAUCAGAACUCGUUAUUCCGGAAACAACACAUUCUGGGCAUGUAUCUAGGAAUAAGAUACUCCGUAACAAUGACUGGUUAAUAUGAAUUAUUCACAUGACGUCGAAUCAAUGAUUGGUUAAUACAGAUGAUUCACAUUAAUUCUUAAUGAUUGGUUAAUACGGAUGAAUAACAUAUGCUGUAACAAUGAUUGGUUAAUACGGAUGAAUAACUAUACGCCGUAUCAAUGAUUUGUUAAUACGGAUGAAUAACCAUACGCCGUAGCAAUAAUACAGCAAUUAUUGGUUAAUACGGAUGAAUAACCAUGCGCCGUAUCAAUGAUUUGUUAAUACGGAUGAAUAACCAUGCGCCGUAUCAAUGAUUGGUUAAUACGGAUGAAUAAAUAUAUGCUGUAACAAUGAUUGGUUAAACGGAUGAAUAACCAUACGCCGUAUAAAAUGUGGGAUAAAAUCGAAUGAUAAGCGCACUUUGUAUCUAUGAUCGAUUAAUAUUGAUGAUUAACGCUCAGAUGAACUGUUUCACAAAACGGAGAGACUCGUAAUAAACACUCGUUUUUUUAA